AUGCAGUCUCGUGGCUUGCAUCAAGUCACUGUCCGCGCGUCAUUGGCGUGUUAUGCACGAGAUCAGACUCGCAGUUGCACCCUGCCGCACAAGCAGGAGGCACUGAAGCCCUCAGGAAGGAUCAAUGUCGUCUACUGCACGACAAGGAGUAUAUCCGGUGAACAGAAGGCGAAAGAUUUGAACCAGCAGGGCAUUGACGAAGCUCUUUCAGACUUCGACACAGCGAUAGCUACGGAAGCCAAUGAAAAGCAGAUUCGAGCACCAUGGCACCGCCAGGGCGCAGAGGAGCCUCCUGUACGCAAACAGCGGUCGGCCGGAGCCAUGACCAAGGGAAAACUACUGACAACACCUUCCCGACUGCUCAAGUUGGUCCUUCCUCUUACUACCCUCGACCACAAUAGCGACAGAAAAGAUGUCGCACCUCUUGCUCUCUUAGUGCACCCUCAGCAGCCACUUUCGUAUCUCGAAAGGCUCAUCCAGGCCGAGCUUCCUACUAUCACGACGGACAAGGGUGAUAGCAGAGUGCCUAGCGUGUCAUUUCGAGCCAUGGAGUCUAAGAAUGAUGAUAUUAAACCAAAGGAAAAGCUCCCGGAAGAGCAGGAUCAGACCAACCAGUCCAAAGAUCAAAGCCAGAGCCAUCGUGGCGUUGAAACCUACAGCGGUGCUGGCAGGGAAGGAAAGGGCGAAGAUGAAGGUGAUUUUGUGAGAUGGAGCGCUUCGACCGAGAUUGGCGACUUUAUCAGAGAUGCGGCCAGAGCAAAAGAAUUCGAAGUCGAAAUCGAAGGCGGCUCAGGGGCCAUCAAAGUUGCGGUACCUUCCUUCAACGACAGAACCUUCUACCUGCGGCAAAGGCUGCGCAAGGUGUCAAGACAAAUUGCCGACAUGGCUGACAUCAAGAAGGAGUGUGAUGAUGCCGCGCACAAGAGUGCACAGAGGAUUGCCAUGGGAGGAUGCGGGCUCUUGGUCGGCUGGUGGUACUUGGUCUACCGUUUGACGUUCGAAACUGAUCUUGGAUGGGAUUUUAUGGAGCCGGUGACUUACCUUGUCUCUACUGGAGGUAUCAUUGCUGGUUAUAUGUGGUUCUUGUACCAUAAUCGCGAGGUCUCUUAUCGUUCAGCAUUGCACCUAACAGUCAGCCGCCGCCAAAGCAAACUAUACGAGGUCAAAGGCUUCGACGUGCACAAAUGGGAAUCCUUGGUCGAAGAAGGUAACGCCAUCCGAAGAGAGAUCAAGGCUGUGGCCUCCGAGUAUGAUGUCGAAUGGGAUGAGACCAAAGACGAACACAGUGAAGAGGUUUCCAAGGCGUUGCGGGAAGACCGGAAGAAGUCCAACGGCAACUCGAAGAAAAAGGACAAAGACGACAAGGAUGACGAAGAUUAA